UCCCCCUCCCUUCAGCCUGUGCUGGGGUCCGGGGGGCGCCGGGAGGGAAGGAAGGCGGUUGCCCGGCAACGUGGGUGGUUCGGGCUGGGCCCGGCCGUACCUCCCCGGCGGGCGGCGCUGUGGAGCCGAGGGCUGGGGAAGGAGUCCAGGGAACCCGGCCGGGACCCCCGCGGAAUAUCGGGGAGAAGAGGGACCCGCGCCGGUCGGGGCCGGGCGCCCCCGAGCAGCCGAAGCCCUCUGGUCCGGGCUCCGGCUCCUUUGUCCUGAAGCGCCGGCAGCCAUGAUGUCCGGACGCCGCCAGGGGCGAGCGGAGCGGGCCCCGAGGCCACCCGGUGCGCCCCUCGGGCUCGAGGACAUUUGCGGGGUGCGGGGAGAAGGAAAGCGCUCUGCGCCCCCGCCCGCCGGCGCUUCCCUGGCCUCGGAGAAGGGAAAAAGGGUUAAGGCACCGGCCCUGAGAGCCCACCCUCGGAAACCCGGCUCCCAUUGAGGAGCCUCCCCCGGCGCCGGUCCCUUUGGAUUAAAUUAAAACAACACACGCUCACAAAACAACAACAUCGAAAAACAGCAAACUCUACACCCACCCCAACCACACACACCGCCGGCGAGUCGCCGGUGUGGAUGAGUCCGCCCCGCCGAACCAGCAUUUUGGCCCUGAAUCUCAGAAGAGAGUUGUCAAGCAGAUCCCGGACCCAGAGAGCAGGUGCUUUGGACAAUGAACUGGAUCAGCCCAUUCCUGAUGUAAAAAUGUCUCACAGUAACCGGGAGCUGGUGAUUGACUUUCUUUCUUACAAGCUCUCACAGAAAGGAUACAAUUGGAGUCAGUUUGAAGAUGAGAAUAGGACUGAGGCCCCAGAAGGGACAGAGAUACCUAGUACUGUGAAUGGCAGCCCCUCUUGGCACCCUGCUGACAGUCGUGCAGUGAGUGGGGCCACAGGACACAGCAGCAGUCUGGAUGCCCAUGAGACAAUACCAGUGGCUGCUGUGAAGCAAGCUUUGAGGGAGGCAGGAGAUGAAUUUGAACUUCGGUACCGGAGGGCAUUCAGUGACCUGACAUCCCAGCUCCACAUCACUCCAGGGACCGCUUAUCAGAGCUUUGAACAGGUAGUGAAUGAACUCUUCCGGGAUGGGGUGAACUGGGGCCGAAUUGUGGCAUUCUUCUCCUUCGGAGGAGCAUUGUGUGUGGAAAGCGUGGAUAAAGAGAUGGAAGUCUUGGUAGGACGCAUCACCUCCUGGAUGGCCACUUACUUGGAUGACCACCUAGACCCUUGGAUCCAAGAAAAUGGCGGUUGGGACACCUUCGUGGAGCUUUAUGGGAAUGAUGCAGCUGCAGAGAGCCGGAAGGGCCAGGAGCGCUUCAACCGAUGGCUGCUGACUGGCAUGACGGUGGCUGGUGUGGUCCUGCUGGGAUCCCUGUUCAGCCGGAAGUGACCAUACACUGAAUCUACCUUUGAACCUAUCUGAUUCACCCACUCCAACCCAGCUUGACCUGUACUCUGUCCUGACACAGAGGAAAUCCACUACAUACAGCUGACGUCUAUCAUGUGGGGUCCCAACCCCCUCCCCACCUCCAAUAGUAUGCAAUCUGAGACCCCUGGGCCCUUUUUCUGUUCAAUGUCUAAGUCCUGCAAAAAGAAAAAAAAAACAUGCAACUUCUUGAACCUCUACUACACUUGGGGUGCAAGCUGCCUAGUCAUGACCUCUCUCCUCCCUCAGACUUGCUAGAGCUGUGCCCUUCCCCGAACCUGACCAAAUCAAGAAGGAUCAAGAAACCUUAUAAAAACAUAGAGCUUUUCCAGGGGAAAAAAAUAAAUCAACUUAAUUUUUAUUUUUGUGUUAUCAGAAUGGAUAAUUUUACUCUCCUUCCAAUCCCUAAUGUUGGAAAGGGCCAAGAAGAGGUAUUCUCAGAUCCAGACCUCUCCAUUACUAAGGACAGAUUGUCUCUAAGGACUUCCUGCUUGAAGCAGGGGGUGGAUAGCUUGUUCAUGUAACCCUGUAGUUAGUUGUCACAGGUUCCAGAUCACCAGGUUUGGCCAGCCUCAGUCACCUCUCCUAAGCGUGCUGCUCCUUCUGGUAACUCCAGCCCAUGCCCCACCCACCACCUUCAGAGGUAGCCUAGGAAUCCAGUCAUACAGGCAACCCAGAGUGUCUCAGGAAAGUAACUUGGUCUGGCCUUGGCUGGUCAGUUGGACCAAUAUUUCUUGCUGGAGUUAGUGGGCUUGCAGAAGGAAGGUAAUGAUGGAGGUGUCAGUUCACCACCAUCUCUGAGUUCUAGAACUGAACCCUUGAAUAGCUUCCCCUCCCCCUCACAUUUAGCUCCUGCCCAUCAAGAGAAAACAGGAGGUAUAGGGGGAAAGUAACAGCUCAUAGCUGUUUACAGCUGUUUUCCUUAAUCAUCUUAGUUCUUGGAGAUCCCAGGAGAAUUGUGGACCUGGCUCUCUCCUGAAUCACUUUCAACCAGUGCCCAGAUAAACAGGUGAAAUUCAGACCCAAAGGUGAAGGGGGACCCCAGGGCACCUGGAAACACCUGGGGUUGCUCACAGAGGCUCUUGGGCACCUCCCACUUAAUGUAGGAUGGGCAUGUUCUAGUGGAGUAAGUAUUGGACCUAGGAGUGAGAAGACCUUGGCCAAGUCUCAUCUUCACCACGAAGGAGCUAUGUGACCUUGAGCAAAUCAGUCCCUUCAGCCUCAGUUUUCUCCUAUCAAAUGAGGAAGUGGACUAGCUGAUCUCCAAGAUCCUGCUCUUCUCUUGAGCUUGAUCUAUGAGACUUAAAGAAGAGCCUGACUCUUUGCUUGGUGACUAGAAAAGGGGGAGGGAGGGGAGAGGGGAGGUUGGUCUUGAAAAAGAUUUGACUCCAUCACACUAACGCCCCUCUCAGGGCAUACUCCAAACCUCUUCCUUCUCAUAGCUUUCAGAAUUCACACUUGGGGUGCUUACUGUUUAGCCAGGCCAGGCUGUUUGUCCCUUCCCACAGCCUGCCGACCUGUGGCCUCUCUCAUGGGUCUGAGUCCAUCACAUAAGUGGCACGGCCCUACCAUUCAAAAUGUUUUCCUAAUCCCAGUUGAAGGACCAGCCAAUUCCUUACCACUACCACCCCUUGACCUUCCCCUCACCACCUUGCCCCUGUAUCAUAGUCUUGUCUUUGCUGUAUAUAUUUGAGAUUAGUUUUUAUUCCUUGUGAAGAUGAUAUACUAUUUUUGUUAAGCGUGUCUGUAUUUAUGUGAGGCUCUGCAGGGCUGCCGUGUGGUGAACGCAUGGGGAGAUGGUUCCCCCUCCCCCAUUCAACCCCACCCUCCCUCUUUGGUGCCCCUUGGGGUAGGGGAGGCUGAUUACUCCCCAGCCCAGGCCUAGGGGUCUUCCCUCCCCCAUAUCCUGGCUCUUUGAAGUAGUCUGUGUGAUGGUGGAAGUGCAGUUCAACUAAUAAAUUGUGUUUGAUUUGCU